AUAUCGCAACGUUGUUCCUCGGACUGCAAGAAAGACAUCCUUCCCGGACUUGAAUGUCCUUGGAUUGUUUCGCCUAGUCACUUUAUGUCUACGUAGGCUUUUGUGUUCAAUCUCUUUCAUUUGACAUCCCGUUUGACUUACACAAGGAAGCUGUUAUAGUGAUUUAAACCUACGGUAGCUGAUUUGAUUCUGAGAUGGAGCUCUUGAGAAGUUUCAUAGCAUUUGGGAUUUACCCUCUUAUCAUUGUAUUUGUAUGUCAGCAACGAAUACUUGUUGAAGGGGACAGUAUAGAUGGACUUGAAACCGACAGCGAUGUAGAUAAUCAAGAUUUUGUAGACCCAUUUGAUAUGGGUAUAACAGACAACAUCCCAAAAAAGAAGGUUGAGGAGUUUCCACAUCCUGAUGUCUUUGAGAUGCAGGAGCUUCGUACACAGCUUGAGUUGUGUCUUGCGGAUAAUAAUAUACUCAAUGAGAAGCUUGACAUAAAAGAGAAGAUUGAGGAUAAGCAAAGUGCUCCCCAGAAUUUAAAAUGGUUUCCGAAAAAGAAGAUUGAAGAUGGUUAUUUCAAGCAGUUUGUACGGCACUUCUUAGAGUCAAUGGAUUGCCUCAAUUAUGAUUGUCUUCUGCCAUCAGACAUUGUGAAUAUCUACUUGACGUCAGGUGAAGUAGCGACACUACGCAAAUAUGUUUCAGAAAAGGGAGACACAUCUGACGCUCUCUACAUAAUGAAGAACAUGAUUCAAAGUGUGAAACACACCGAAUAUACGAGUUAUUGGGAUAGAUUUUUAUCUGCCAUUGGAAUUGAUGAGAUGUUGUUCAAGGUGAUAAUUGCUUCUGUCUUCGGACUAAUUUGUUGUGUAGCAUUUGAAAUGAAAACCUCACUGACAUGGAAGAACCAGCUUUUGAUUUUAUUUGUCAUUGUGUUUGUGAUAAGUGUUCCAUGGAAUUGGCUUCAGCUCUAUCAGGAGAAGCUUGCUGAGCGUCACGCUGAGAUGAUGAAACAGAAAGACAUCCCAGAGUACUGUCGUUCUGGAGUAGAAUUGUCCACAUGGAAAGCAAUAAAACAAUUCUUCCAAAAAAUGACAAUUAAGGAUGAAUGCAAAGAGUAUCAUAAGAGGUAUAUGAUUGAUCCUAUCUUGGAAGUUUCACCAGUAAAGGCCUUCACCAAAACAGUUGCUGUUCUGCUGUUUGCUCCAGCAGGAGAGCUAGGAAAGGCAGUCGCAGAAUUCCACAAUGAGUUUUUAGGAAACAUGCCAAAACUUAUUUGGAUCCCAGCCUUUGUUUCAUGGCUUCUAACUUUGGCUGUGGUUUUAUUUUGCUUGUAUUUUGGAUGCUCCAGACAGGGGAACACCCAUCCCCCACCAGCUGUCACCCAACCACCUUCCAGGCAAAUGAUCGAAGAGGUUGUACAGCAGCAUUUAAGACUUGAAUAUAGCACUAGCUAUCAUGAAUACACGCCCUCCCCAACGCUACCACCUAGUACGCUUGGAUCAAGAGGAAACUUAAGUCUUGAAGCUGAAAAUCGAGGCAGGUUCAGGCGGUCUUCAGAUAAUGUUGACGGCAGGCAAUCACACAGAACAAGCGAGAUUUCAAGCACGGCAGCAGACCAGUCAUUUACUAGUGAAAUAUCCCAGAAUAGUGAAAGUCCAACGGGACAGUAUCGAGAAAUUGUGGAAGAGGUUAUUACAAAACUACUUCAAACAGGCCAACUCCAGGCAUCUCCAGAGAAGAAAGAUGCCAGCCCAGGUGAUGUUACGCGAAGCAUACCUGUCCAAGAAUCCAGUUUUGAACAGAACAAAGAAUCUGAAGAUCCACAAAUAUGUUUGCUGCCAUCACAUGUUGAGAAUAAGAACAGAUUACAUGAGACAAUUCCAGAACUGUGUGAAUCUAGUCAAGGCAACAGCUCUGAAGCGGAACAGAUUGAAGAAAAAGUUGAGACUCGCAAAGAUGAAGAUGUCCCUGCUCUAGAUUCUGAGAAAACUUUAUCUCCUAGCAACAAAGAUCUGUCAAUUGAUGCUGAUGGUGAUCAUGAUGAUGAUGACGAUUCUAAUAAGAAUUUUGAUGAGGAUGAUGAAGAUGAUUUUGUUGUGCUACAAUCUUCAAACUAGACAUGUUUUUAAAUGUGUUGUCAUUGCAUGUUAAAUCUAUUAUUUUAAAGCGUUUGUUACAAGCUAAAUCAUGUCAUAUAUAGUAAUACUGUAUAGACAAAAGCGGUUGGCGCAGCUGUUGCUGCUCAGGUUUUCAACCUUGUGGUUGGGAGUUCGAGCCUCAUGCUGUCCAUUUCUGGCCAGGCUUAGAUACCUCAGCUUGCUUUGUGGACAGGCUGUAAAAAAAUAUAUAUAAGUAUAUUGGACAUUAAAACAGAUUUUUAAGAGAAAAAAUCUGUAAAUCACUGACAGCUAAACUCUGUUUCUUAAUAUGAGUUUUUAACUUACUUGAUUUCAGUUCAAUAUUUUUUCAAAUAUGAAUUAUGGUGAUGUAAAUUGCUAUUUUUAAAUCUUGUUCACUAUUCUACAGAAUAUACUAAAUACUAUAUUAUUUUCUACAUAAUUUUGUUUCUAUGAUUUAAACAGGUAGAACACUGUAUUUACAUUUUCUAGUAUUGUAUCUAAAUCUUAAUCUGGAAAACAAUUUUUUAUAUAAUUAUAUGAAAUAAAUUGUAAAAACUUAUCAAUCAGCAAUCAGUUGUCAUUGGACCAGCUUAAGAAAUUAGUGGUGUAGAGUAACAUGGUUGUAUGCGAGACUGGCAGGCCAUACCUGGCCAAAAUAUAACAAGUAUGCUUGUGAAUAAACACACUCCAGGAAUUA